AUGGUUUUAGUGACCCGGUUUGGUAAGCCUGAUUACUUUGUCACAAUGACCUGUAGUCCACAUUGGGAGGAGAUAACAAGUCAACUAUUUCCGGGACAGACACCACAAGAUAGACCAGAAUUGGUUGCGAGAGUAUACCGGGCUAAGCUGCGUGAUUUACACGAUUUUUUGAUCAAGAAGAGUCACUUGGGUGAGGUCACAUCAUAUGCACAUGUUACAGAGUUUCAGAAGAGGGGUUUGCCACAUGAGCACUUCUUAUUGAUUAUGGCCCCUAACAGUAAGUUAAGCAGUCCUGAUGAUUACAACAAGGUUAUUUCAGGAGAGAUUCCUGAUCCUAUCAAAUACCCUGUAUUGCAUGCUCUGGUUAUCAAGCACAUGCUACAUGGAUCAUAUGGUGCUCUCAACAAAAAUUGCCCCUGCAUGAUAGACGGACAUUGCCGUUUUCGUUAUCCUCGACAAUUCUGUUCGGCUACACAGCAAGGAAAAGACUCUUAUCCUAUAUAUAGGAGAAGGGAAGAUGGCCGUCGAGUGGCGACCAGGGGUGCUGUAUUGGAUAAUAGAUGGGUGGUUCCGUACAACCCCACACUGGUUAUGCGGUAUAACUGCCAUAUUAAUGUCGAAGUUUGCUCAAGCAUCAAGGCAGUUAAGUACCUAUACAAAUAUGUCUAUAAAGGUCAUGACCGUGCAUCCUUCUCAGUCGAUCCACAAGAUCAAAAUGGUACAAUAAUCAAUGAGAUUCGACAAUACAGGGAUGCAAGGUUCAUAACUCCCCCCGAGGCCGUGUAUCGGAUAUUUGGUUUCCCUUUGUAUGCCGUAUCUCCUUCUGUUUUGCAACUUCAACUACAUCUGCCAAACAUGCAACUUGUGUCAUAUAGAGCUACUGAUAACCUGAAUGAUGUGGUGAACCGGGAGAAAUCUAAGAGGUCGAUGCUUACUGAGUAUUUCAAGAUGAACCUGGUGGAUAGCAAGGCACGUAAAUUGUUAUACAAAGAGUUCCCGGAGCACUUCCGGUGGAUCAAGUCCGAUAAGCGCUGGCAAGCAAGGGUAAAGAGGCCGCAGGUUGGGAGAAUUGUGUAUGCAAACCCUGCUGAAGGGGAGAGGUACUAUUUACAUGUGCUCCUCAACCAUGUGAGAGGCGCAACUUCAUAUGAGAACCUUCGUACUGUACAUGGGAAAACCUGUUCCACCUUCAGAGAUGCGUGCGAGAUGAUAGGGCUCGUAGAGACUGAUAGAUCCCUCGAUGAAUGCUUGGCUGAGUCUACUACAUUCCACAUGCCUUGUGCACUGAGAAGGUUGUUUACGACAAUUAUUGUAUUCUGCGAGGCGACAAAUAUCCGUGGCUUAUGGGAAAAUCAUUUUGAAGCAAUGUCCCAAGAUUAUCGUUGUACACACAAUGAUGCAGCAAUGGUUGAGCAACUGGUGCUUAGGGAUAUUAGAAACGUGGUUCAUUCAAUGGGAAAGGAUGUAAGGAAUUAUGGUCUUCCGGAGGUUGACGACUCAGGUGAUGUCCUUGCGUAG